UGGGUAGAAAACAUGACAAACAAAAACUAAUACACACGCUCCUUAGAAACAAGUUUCCUUGCAAAAUUAGGGCAUCAAACUAUAACUGAAAUUAGGGCACAUCGAGAUAGAGCAGAGCCAAAUUGAAGAUGACGAGAAUUCCUCUGUUGCGUUGCUCUUGCAAUGGUAUUAUUCCCAGCUUUAUCUCAUUCUUUGUUAAUUCUCAUUCUGCUUCGGCAAUUGCAAUCAGAGAUUAUUCUUCAUCUCAUAGCAAUACUGAUAAUGUCAAGUGUUUAGAUGAUGCUCUGACUCUCUUUGGUCGAAUGGUCAGAACUCAGCCUCUUCCUUCUGUUUUUAGCUUCUCCAAAUUAUUAAAGACUAUCGUAAAUAUGAAGCAUUACUCUUCUGUUGUUUCCCUUUUUCGACAAAUGCUGAAAUCGGGUAUCCCAAUUGAUGGUUUCAUCUUGAGUAUCGCGAUCAACAAUUAUUGCCUAAUGUAUCGUUCUGACUGCGGAUUUUCGGUGUUAGCCAUUUACUUGAAGAAGGGCAUUCCAUUUAAUGUUGUCACGUUUAGCACCUUACUAAGGGGACUCUUUGCGGAAAGUAAGAUCAAAGAUGCAGUUAACUUGUUCAAAAAGUUGGUGCGAGAGAAUAUUUGUGAGCCUAAUGAAGUCAUGUAUUCAGUUGUCAUGAAUGGGCUUAGCAAAAUGGGCCAUACUCAAAAAACUUUUGAUUUGCUUAGGGUAAUGGAACAAGGAAGCAUUAAGCCCAAUGCAUACAUCUAUAGCAUUGCUAUAAAUGCCCUAUGCAAAGAUAGAAUGUUACAUGCUGCUAUUAGCCUUUUUGAAGAGAUGAAACAAAAAGGCAUUCCUCCAGACAUUGUCACAUAUAGUUCAUUGAUUGAUGGUUGUUGUAAGCUUGGUCAGUGGGAAGAGGUUAGGACUUUGUUCUUCGAAAUGGUAAAUCUUAAUAUUUAUCCAGAUGUCUGCACCUUGACCAUAGUAGCAGAUGGACUUUGCAAAGAAGGGAAAGUUGAAGAUGCUGAGGAAGUAAUGAAACACAUGAUUGAAAAAGGUGUGGAACCCAAUGUGGUCACCUACAAUGUGAUAGUUGAUGGAUAUUGCUUGCGCGGUCAAAUGGAUAGAGCAAGGAGACUUUUUGAUUCCAUGAUAAAUAAGGGCAUUGGGCCUAACAUUUUUAGCUAUGACAUAUUAAUAAAUGGAUACUGUAAGAAAAAGAAAUUGGAUGAGGCCAUGCAUUUGUUUCAUGAAAUUUCUAGAAAUGGAUUGAAACCUAGCAUUGUUACUUACAGUACUAUCUUGAAAGGUCUAUUUGAUGCUGGAAGAACCGACAUUGUGCAAAAAUUCUUUGCUGAUAUGCUUUCUAUGGGGCUCAGACCUAAUUUAUGCACUAAUUGCAUUUUGCUCCGUGGUUAUUUUCAGAAUGGACUUGUUGAAAAAGCUAUGUCUCUAUUUCAUGAGUUGGAAAGAAAGAGAGAAGAUAUUGAUAUUGAACUUUACACUAUUAUUAUUGACGGGUUGUGCAAAAAUGGUCAGCUCGACAAAGCUCGUGCUUUUUUUGAGAAGCUUUCUUUGAUUGGAUUAUUUCCCAAUGUGAUUACAUACACUACAAUAAUAAAUGGACUAUGUCUAGAAGGGUUGUUAGAUGAAGCUAAAGAUAUGCUAAGAGAAAUGGAGCACAAUGGUUGUUCGCCAAACAACUGCACUUACAAUGUUAUUGUGCAAGGAUUUCUCAAGUGUGGCAAAUUUAGUGAAAUGAACACUUUUUUGAAGAAAAUGAGUGGAAGGGACUUCUCGUUUGAUGCAGGUACUAUAGAGUUACUAAUAGACGUUUCAGUUAAGGAUCCUUCUUUGCUUAACAUGAUACCACAAUUUCACUUGGAAAGUUAGAAGUGAAUAUUUGUUUCACUUGUUAUCAAUAUGAUGUAAUUUCCUUUUACCUUGGCCAAAGAAAUAGCAUCCAAUGGAAUGGCAGAAGCUGAAAACAUGCAAUUAGAACAUUGCUUAAGCUUUCCAAGCUAGCUUAUUAAAGAGGUACACCUUUUCUGAUUUUUAAUUCUUUUGCCACUCUGCUUUUUGUUCUGGAUCAUAUUUUAUUGCACUCUUAAUAUGAGAAGUAACGUGAGUUUCCUUAUGUGUGCACAUUAUAAGUCUACUAGGAUUAUCAUUUUCAGUGGUAUUUAGUUAUCUUCAGGUAUUAUCAUUUUCUGACAUUUUGAAUAUCAAUAACAAUAUCCUGUAACUUAGAAUUUGAUGUAGAAACAUUAUUCUUGAUAGUUUCUAAGGUCUUGAUUACAUCAAUCAUAAUUGUGACAAUAGAGCUGACGUGACACCAUUGAGAGCUCCAGGUCAGCUGAGAAGCUAAUUUCCGUGUUACGCGAGAGAGUGAAUUAUGGUGCUGGCAUUCGUCCUGGAUUUACGACAUCCGGGAUUCCAUCCACCGAUGAAAUUGCUGACAGAAUCAAGAAGAUGCUUGCAGGAUACCAAUAUACUCUGGUUUAACCCUGAUUGUGGCCUGAAGAAUCGCAAGUAUGCUGAAGUUAAGCCGUGCUCUCAGCAGUGGCUGGUGAAUUGUUCAAUGGUCCUCCUGGAGCAUACUGGACUGCAGAGGAAGCAGAAGAUUAUGUUUCACAUCUUGCAUUAAUGACACCGGCAACAGUUUCCUUGCAAAAGGCACCUGAUAUUUGGUGGAGACUCUCACUGCUUUAUUAUUGGUGUGACCUUAUUUUAAUACUUUCUGUGGUGUCUUCUAAUAUUUUUUCUGGAAAGCUUUUACUACGUUUGUGAUCUCUAAUUGCAGAACGGUUUUUGAUUUUUGUGUCUUCCAAACUAGUUGAAGUACAUUGAGAUAUAUGAAUCCAUGCUACUGUUUAUCCCUGGUGUAGUGUAAGAAGUACCUUCUGCAACUUUAUUUAUUUUUUAUUUUAUUUUGAUAGGUAUUCUGCAACUUUAUCUUAUAUACCGUGUAAUUCUGCUUCUCUUUUGAAUGUCUACAUUAGGUUGCUUUAUUAGAGAAGAUUCUCACUAUCAGUACAAGAGGAAGCUGCAGAUGUACGAAAAGAAAUAGCCUUGGUGUACUACAGUGAAAGGAAGAGCUCGUCAUGAGGUAUGUCACAUAGUUUUCACCUGGCACGGAUUCAUUGUCCAUUUUUGCUUGUUAAGAAAUAUUCAGAGGUAUGUCACACAGUUUCACCAUGUACUCAUUCCGACUACUGUGAUUGGCUUAUUAUUACUGCUUCUGAUGCAACAAAGUAUUCAUGCCUUCGACCGAUGAAGAGGAGAUGGCUCACUCUCAACAUACAUCUCCACAGUCCACAGGCUGACAGCAAGAUGCUUGCAGUCCUUGAAAUCAACAUCCUCUGGGUCAACCCCGACUGUGGCCUCAAGAAACGCAAGUAUGCUGAAGUGAAGCCUGCACUCAGUGACAUGGUAGCUGCUGCUAUGCUCCUCUGCUCAGAGUUGGCAGCACUAAGUGAGCUUGUAUUACCACAGUCAAUCGAUCGAAAAGUCCUAUUUUAAACUGCUAUUGCAGAAUAGUAGUUUUACUCUUAUAUGCAAGAGUUUGGGAGAAUACUCUUCUCCAAGAACUUAACACAAACAUAAUCUCGGUAGUGUCUUCUAAUUUGGUUUCUGGAAAGCUUUUACUACGAUUUGUGAUCUCUAGUUGCACCAUGGUUUUUGUUUUUUUGUGUCUUCUAAAUAAACAAGUUGAAGUACAUUGAGAAAUAUGAGAUUUCCAGUUGCUACUUUAACCAAGAGGUGUCUUCCAAUAUUUUUUAAUACUCUCUGAGGUGUCUUCUAAUAUUAUUUUCUGGAGAGCUUUUACUACGUUUGUGAUCUCUAGCUGCAGCACAGUUUUUGUUUUUGUGUCUUCCAAACUAGUUGAAGUACAUUGAGAUAUAUGAAUCCAUGCUACUGUUUAUCCCUGGUGUAGUGUAAGAAAUACCUUCUGCGAGUGGCAGCGAGAUUUUGGCUACUGUAGACGCAUACGAGUGGGGGAGGUUGUAGGGGCUAUGCGCAGGAUUAGAGCGACUGGACCAGACUAGAUCCCGGUGGAAUUCUGGAAGAGCGUGGGUAAGGAGGGCUUGGAAUGGCUUGCUAGGUUGUUUAACGUCAUUUUAGGACGAAGAAGAUGCCCGAAGAUUGGAGGCGGAGUACAAUGAUCCCGUUGUACAAGAACAACAUGGGUAAGGAGCAUGGGUAAACGUGUCCUUACUGGAAAGGGAAGGGAUCUUUAGCCAGGCUAGGAGAACAAUGUCAAUCAGGUCAUUUUCAUGUAGAUCAAGAACUACACCCCUAACUGGAACUAAGAUUUUUCACCCUAAGUUGCCAUUUAAAGUAUCUUUCUUUAUGUUAAGACUUUUGGAGGGCAGAAUUAGUACUGAUGAUGUGAUUGUUUGCCCUGCAAAAUGUACUUGUUGUUACCAGGCUGAAUGUGAAUCCAUUGAUUUGCUUCUA